AUGACAAGCGGCUUUGAUAAGUUUGUUGAGGAUGUUGAUGAUUCUCUUUGUUCCGUUUGUUUUGACGUUUUAGAGGAGGAACUAAAUGAUAAAACUCCUGUAACUCGAGACUGUCUUUCAAAGCUAACUUCUCAAGGCGCCAAGUGUCCUCUUUUCGUGACUUGGAAUCUUAAAAAUGGUGAUGACGAAGAAUUGAGAGGCUGUAUUGGUACUCUUGAACCUACCAGUUUAAAUAACCUUAAGAGAUAUGCUAGGAUGAGUGCGUUUCAGGAUUCAAGGUUUCCUCCAGUUCGUUCAAGUGAAAUUAAACAUUUAGUUUGUAAACUUUCAUUAUUACAUUCUUACGAGGAAUGCAAAGAUUAUCUUGAUUGGGAAGUUGGUAAACAUGGCCUCGUUGUAGAAUUUGAUUAUAAUGGAUUCAGUUAUUCUGCUACUUAUUUACCUGAAGUCGCACUUGAACAUAACAUGUCCAAAGAAUACGCCGUGGAACAAUUGGUAAUAACUAACUACGUAAUAAUAUAUUAUCGAUAUAGAUUAGGAAAAGUGGUUAUAGAGGUCGAGUUACAGAAGAUCUUUUAUCAAAGCUUAGGGUACAGUUGA